CCGGGAGGUGAAUGACGCUGUAAAAACUGGAUCACAAGAAUGAUGAACCGAACCGCGAUCGAAGCUGCUUCAUUAUUCGCUUAACUCGCGAUAACGAACUAAUUGCCCCUAUUAACGAGUCCUCGCACCUCGCUGCUUGAUCUCUCAGCCACGAAACAGUGCGAGAAACAUUCACCUGUCAUUGUUCGGACGUUCAUCAUGCGGAGCAUUUUUCUCCUUUCACUUCUGUUCGUGGGACACGUUCAACGAUGUCCUUUGGAGUGUUUCGGGUACCUGGUCUUUCCGAAACCUGGAAAUAUAGCAGCGACUAAACUACAGGUAAUCCUCGGCCUCGGUUUACCUAUGGAAGUCGACGUCAGCCUGAUUAUGGGAUAUGUGGUGAAAUUUAAUUACGCCCUGCCCUCUAACGCUUCCUACUUGACGGAUUCAUAUGUACGCUAUGACAGAUCGAUCAGACCCGGUGUCCAGGUCGACGAGAAUGACGAACUCUCGCCGGAUCAUCAAGAGAAGGAAGUGAUCAUUAACAGAUGGGAAAUUUACGAAAUUCUCGAAUCGGUUCUCGGUGAUUCGCGAUCCGGCAAGGCCUGCCUUUUGAGAGCUAUCUGCGAGGCUUCCGCCGUGCCUUUUAACCGUGUUCACGGCCUCACCUCUCAGCUCAUUCAUCUUCUCCUCACACCGUCCAGCACGUCCGAGCCUUUCAGGAAUGACUUUGAUCGAGUGUAUCACGCGGCUGAAAUUAUGGGCCGACAGGCAGUUAGCUCUUGCGACAAUUUAUUUCCGGAAUGCUCUCAGAGCCUGUUGGACUACUUCACCGAGCUCCAUGAAUAAUCAUCUGAUUAACAGUUGCUCCGACGAAAGACUGGAUUAUUCUUUUGCUGUUGUUAUCCCAGCCAUGGAUUACUUUAAUUAAUUGAUCCUUCCUACCAGUCGACUUGACAAGGUCUUGU